AUGAACGUCGUAGGUAAAUUCAAAGAGAAACACCGAAGAGCGAAGGAAGAGAGUGAAGAUCAGAAAAAACUCGAGGCCAUUCCAAUAUCACGCAUCAAUGGGAUUGGUGCGCUUCCAGUCGAGCUCUGGAGCAUCAUCCUCGAGCAUGUGGUAACCUCGCAACUGAGCCCUUCCUCUGUCCAAUGCUGGACCAUGUCCGACAUGUUAGACCAGAGACUCGUCUGCCGUAAGCCAAUCUAUCCCAUCCCAUCUUCACCAUCCCCCAAUCUAAUCCCCAAUGCAGACGUCUUCUCCAAAGAAAUCCCGCACUCCCUACACCAGCACAUCCUCCUUCCGCAACUCCCCCGCCUCUUGAUAAUGCGCACCCUCCUCCACUCCCCACAAUCCACCCACCCCACCUCCCUCCUCGCAUCUGCCAUUUACAAUUCCACCCGCACACUCCCCAAGUAUCACCAACAUUUCACACACGCAACUCCACGCAUAGCCCGGCGCAUACGCAACUGCUCCAUCAUCGCCUCACACAUCUCCCAUCCUCCCUUUACCCCUUCUUUGCUCCAGCGCCUAAGCACCGCGGCCUCGACGUCCAUAUACGUCCAGGAAUACAUCUUCAUGCCGAGCUACUACGAGCAGCUGUUUGCCAGCACGGCGGAGGGGGAUGCGUGUCUGGAAGUAGCGCUGUUGAGCGUGUGUGGGUAUGAGAUGGAGGAUGUGAUCAAGACAAUGGUGAGGUUGGUGGGCAAGGGGGAUUUGGAGAAGUAUGUGUGGGUAAAAUACAAGUCAAAUGCCGCCGCCGGUAAAUAA